CAUAGCCCUCCAGCCCUGCCAGCCCUUGAUGGGGGCAUGAGCCUGGCGCCAUGGGCCAGAUCGUGCCGGGCUGCUCCGAGGUGUGCUCAGCAGCCGCGGGAGAGGACAAGGAGCGCAUAACAGCCUCCUCCCCUGUUGUGGCUAAGGAGGUGCUGCCUGGGGCUGAAGUUGUCGACCUUUCGGAAAGGGCGGCCUGGCUGGGCUGUUCAAACUUAUUCCGCAAGAUCCAUCUUAAUCUUUACCCUGACCUUGGGCUCCGCAAGGAGUUGGCAGGAGAGGACGUAUAUUACCACCCGUCCGGACGAGUGCACGGCCUUGCCGAUUUCUGUUCGCUCGUCGCGGCCCCAAGAGCUCCGCUGUCGCAGCGCCUGGCGCGGCUCGGGAAGCGGAACUGGGCGGAGGCGCUGCGGCUCUACAACGAGCAGAGGGCCCAGGCACGGCAGGUGGGUGGCACCUUGGAGACAGGUGCCUUCAACGCGGUCUUGGGCGCCGUGUCCGAUGCGGGCGGCCACAAAUGUUCGGGGCCAGGCGUGGGGGUCCCAGGCGGCUCUUGGGCCUUGGCUGCGGCGGUGCUGCGGCAUAUGGCGCUGGACCGCGUCGCCUGGAGCGCCGUGACUCUGGGAGCGGCGCUGGGCGUUUGCCAAGCAGACGGCGCCUGGGCGCGGGCUGGGGAGCUGCUGCGGAGGGCCAGGAGCAGCAGCCUCGAGUUGAACGUGGUGCACUGCACCUCCGUGCUGCAUAGCUGCGGCCAAGCGGCUCAGCUGGACAGCGCGCUGGGAACUCUGAAGGAGAUGCGGCGAUGGGCGGUGCAGCCGAAUCAGAUGACCUUCAGCUCUGCAAUCUCCGCCUGUGCAAGUGCCUUCCAGUGGCAGCUUGCGCUGGACGUCUUGGACGAGAGCGUGUCGCCCAACCUGAUUUGCUUCAACUCCCUGCUGAGCGCGCUGGAGAAAGGCCGCCAGCCGGAGCUCGCCCUGGCGCUGCUGGCGCGCAUGGAGAACUCGGAAGAGGACUUGGCGCCGGACGUGGUCAGCUACAGUACGGCCAUCCGCGCAAUGGGAUCCAGGGAGUGGGAGAAGGCGCUCGAGCUGCUGGGGCGCAUGGAGCGAAGAGCCGUGGACCCCAACGUUGUGACCUAUGGGGCAGCCAUCAGUGCCUGCGAGGGCCGGGUGGAGGUGGCCCUCUCAUUGCUGGGGCGGAUGAGGCAAAAAGCACUGCGGGUGAACGCGGUGAGCUGCAGCUCGGCUAUCAGCGCCUGCGAGAAGGCGCGGAAGUGGCGCACGGCGGUGGCGCUGUUCUCCGAGCUGGAGGAGGCAUCUGCCAACCUGAUCUGCUGCAAUUCCCUGCUCAGCGUGCUGAUGAUGGCCGGCCAAGCCAAGAAGGCGCUGGCGCUGCUGGCCGCGCUGCCGCAGCUCCAGGUGCAGCCGGACGUCCUGAGCUUCGGCGCCGCGCUCGCCGCGUGCGCGCGGGCGGCGCAGUGGCGGCACGCCAUCCACGGCCUCGAGGCCAUGGCGGUGCAAGCCGUGCAGCCCAACGUCAUUUGCUAUGACGCUUGCUUCAGCGCCUGCGAGCGCUCGGGGCGCUUUGGGCUGGCCAUGCUGCGGGAGAUGUCCUCGCAAGCGCUCGAAAGCUGCGCCGUGCUGCGGGCUUCGCCCUGA